UUUGCCGUCGGACGGAGCAGCAGACAGACAACCAGCGAGCUGCGGGUUUUAUUCAAGACAAGGAACAACGAACUACUGAUUCAGAAAAGAACAGGCCGAUUCCUCUUUUUCUCUCUCUUCCUUUCUUUAUCUCUUUCUUUCUUAAAGGCAGGGCGAGCUUUCGUGUUCACUGCCCCCCUCUUCCUGUCAACAUGCCGGACACCCAGCUGUGUCUGGAGGCCCUGUCAGCUCUCUCCGGCUGUAAGGUGGAGCUGACCGGCGGGGCCUCGCAGCUAACCCCGCAGGACUUUGUCAACAUCGUGGCCCUCAAAGAGUUUUUAAAGCAGGAGGGCUUCAAGGAGCUGGAGUAUCCCAGCUUGGGGACGCUGUCAUUGCAGGACUUCGACGACCAGGACAUGUACAGCUCCCCCCCGGCGCUGACCGAGCCCCCCACCGAGCUCAGGACCACGGUCAAGAUCAACCCGCAGGACUUCUUCCAUCCGCAGUACGACUACGACUUUACCAGGAUAAAGGACGGUGACACCACCUUCCUGCGUGGUAACGAGCAGUAUGUCCGGCCCUGCGGGUGGAGCCGGGUCGCCCUGCGGGUCACGCAGAAGUACGAUGGCGGGGACGGCUGGCUCGGGACAGGGAAGGACGCCUGGCCCGUCUCCUACCACGGACACAACAUGGACGGUUCCCUCGGCGUCAUCCUGACCCGUGGCGCAGACCCCAAAGAUGAUGAGCCCACCUUCCUGGACGCAGCCGCCGCAUCGAUGGUCACCGGAGAGACCCGGGGCCGAGGGGUCUACUCCACCCCAGACAUCAAGAUGGCGCAGAAGUACUGCAAGAAGUUCAAGUCCAAAGUGGACGAGAAGACGUACGAGGUGGUUCUUCAGAACCGGAUCAACCCAGAGAAGAGGACCAAGUGUCAGAGAGAGGACGUGUGGCUGGUUUACGUCCCUCAAGGCUGCAACGACGUCCAGACGAGGGCCAUCGUGCAGGAGUCCAUCCGUCCCUACGGGCUUCUGCUGAAGCAGUCAGAUGAACUCCUUGGUUAACAUGUACAGCCCCUUGACAACUCCCGCUGCAGAAAUACAG